AUGGAAGUACAGUCACGGCCACCUCCUCCGACUUCGCCACCACCCCCACCAGAGGCAUAUAAGCCUCGGGAAGCUGCCUUCUAUGGGCGGUUGAAGGAGGCAACGAUGGACCUGGGAGCGGCACACAUCGACUCCCUGCGUGCCAUCUUCACUUCACGGGUCGUACAAACUCGGGCCCGCCUUCACGGCUUCACAGCAAACACGCACGGAGUGCAGGAUCCAAAGCUGUCUGGCCUUCGAGGCAACGUCCUCGCCCUUGGGCUCGGACUUUUAGAGAGGACCGAGGCCGUCUUGGACUUGCUGCUGCAGCUGGCAGAUACGGAGGGCCAAGAGCACCAGGUGGCCGCCAUUAAGGAGGACAUGGAGGAGGAGUGUGAACUUCAGGACCGCCGUCUGGGCGGCUUCUUGCAGGUGCCUCGCGUUCUGUCCACGCAGGUGUUUCAAUCGUUUGCCGUGCCAUUGACAAGAUCUCGCACGGUGAAAGUGACGAUCAUUGGCGUGCAGGAUACUUGCGUCUCCAUUCUGCAGCUGCUUCGGGUGCAAGAGCUGUGGCAGACUCUUCGUGGUCUUCACAGUUGGGCUCAGGAGAAGCAGAAGGAGCUGACAGAUAAAGAUCCUGCAGAAAAACCGGCCGUAGCAGUUCGCGCUGCCAAGUUUGCGCGGCGUGGGUGCGAGAAGCUGCUGGGUGAUAGGUUAGGACGGCUCCUUGACAGUCAUGUUUUUGUGCACAUCUUGGGGCGAAAUGCACCCGACGCUGCUGAGGAGGUCCGAAACAACCUCGAGAAAGCUGCGCAGAUGACCGGACAGGCUCCAGGCCUGCUCGUCGAGGAGAUCUUCCAAGAAGUUUCUCCCGGCGAACAUGACAUAGUGCAGAUUGCGGACCUCAGGGAGUUGCAGAACGAAAGCGGACGGGGCAUACAUCUCGUGGUGAAGAACUCCUUCUUCGAAUUGAUAGAGGAAGAGAGCCCGCGAGAGCUGCGACGAGCGCGUUCCUGCGAUGCGGUGCUGACUUUGGGCCUCGUCGAGCAAGCACUUCAGGCCGAAGCAGCCGAAGCGACCGAAGCAGCACUAGCUGCACCAAGCUCAUCGUCGAGAAGGUGCCGUCAAGCAAGUGAAGGUGCUGAGACCACCGUGGCUUCCGAGAGGGUAGACACUGGGGCUGGGAGUGCUGGCAGCUCUGCCAACACUUCCGAGGAAAGAGGAGAAAGAGGAGAACGACGUACUGAGUCUGGCAAAGAACCUGCCGUGGCCGUGGGCACCGCGCCAGCAUCGUCAUCCAUACCUUCGGGGGUAGACGAGUCGUUGGCAGAGGAUGCGCUUCUGAAUGAAAGCAGCCCAAAACAUCAAGGUGAUAUCAUCAACGAAGCCGAUAGAAUGACUGUGAUGCUCCGAAACGUUCCACAGGAGUAUUCUCGCCGCCACAUCCUAGACUUGCUCGACAGGGCCGGAUUCUGCGGCAGGUAUGACUUUGUGUACUUGCCCGUGGAUUUUACCAGGGGACGUAGCUUGGGGUAUGCUUUGGUCGGGCUCAUCAGUCACGAUUCUGCUCGGCAGCUACUCGAGCAGCUUCAGGGCUGCGCUUUUCCUGGCAUCGACCCGAGCGUGCGCUGUGAAGCUUCCUGGAGCCAGCCUCAUCGAGGUCUUGAUGGUCACAUCGAACGGUACAGAAACAGUCCUGUCAUGCACCCAAGCAUGCCUGACGAGUACAAGCCCGUGAUUUUCGCCAACGGCGAGCGCAUUGACUUUCCGCCCCCUACAAAGACAAUCCGAGCUCCACGUAUUCGGCAUCCGAAGACACAGCGGCGGCCUCCAGGACUUCAGGGGCCACCAGAGUUUCUGUGA